AGUGUCUGGUUUCUUUCUUUUUGAAAGGAAGGAUUCAUAUUUAAUUCUUUUGUGUAUUCUAGUAUGAUACUGUUUUAUUGACAUUUGAUUUAAUUAUUUCACUAAAUUAGCUUUAACAAUGGCGGACAGAGAUCUUACCAUGGGUCCCCGGGAAGGCAUUACAUACCCAAUAAAAGUGCAGUAUUGCGGGAAUUGCUCAAUGCCGAUAGAAUAUUGUGAAUAUUAUCCUGAAUAUGAUAAAUGUAAACAAUGGCUUGAAAAAAACUUACCCACUGAAUUUGAAAAAGUUAAAAUUGAUGAAGAAGAGAAUGCGGGUGGAGAAGAGGAAAAAAAGCGACAAAAACGAGGGGGCAAAGGUAUGUUGAAGUCAAAGAAGAAGGAAGAUGUCCCCAAGCUAGUUCAAGUUUCUCGUGCUCCUCGUGGAAAGAAAAAAUCUGUUACUGUUGUGUCAGGACUCAGUACUUUUGAUAUUGACUUGAAAGUGGCUGCAAAGUUUUUUGGAACAAAGUUUGCAUGUGGUUCUUCUGUUACUGGUGAUGAUGAGAUUGUAAUCCAAGGAGAUGUAAAAGAUGAUCUUUUUGAUAUUAUACCAGAAAAAUGGCCAGAGAUCGAUGAAGAUAGUAUUGAAGAUUUAGGAGAUCAGAAGAGAUAGUUAAAAUAUUUAAUAUUGACUCUUUUAUGUCCAUAUUUAUUAGCAGAACUUCAGUGAAAUGUAUUGUUUUGUGUUCAAAUCAUAUUUUCUGUCAAGUAUUUAAUGUCCUCAAGUAUUAAUAGUUGAGGAAAAACUAAUAGUUGAGGAUUCUAUUACAUUAAACAACAUUUUCCAAUGUUUUAUAUCAGCUAAGUUUAUAGCUUAUAAUUU